AUGUCCAGCUUCACCAUCGACGAGAUCCGUGGUCUCAUGGACCGCCCUACCAACAUCCGUAACAUGUCGGUUAUCGCCCACGUCGACCACGGAAAGUCCACCUUGACCGACUCGCUCGUGUCCAAGGCUGGAAUUAUCGCCGGUUCCAAGGCUGGUGACAUGCGAUUCACCGACACUCGUCAGGACGAGAUUGACCGAGGAAUCACCAUUAAGUCCACCGCCAUCUCCAUGUACUUCCCCCUCCCCAAGGAGGAUGUUGCGGACAUCAAGCAGAAGACUGACGGAAACGAGUUCCUGAUCAACCUGAUCGACUCGCCCGGUCACGUCGACUUCUCGUCCGAGGUCACUGCCGCUCUCCGUGUCACGGAUGGUGCGCUCGUCGUCGUCGACUGUGUCGAAGGUGUCUGCGUCCAGACCGAGACCGUCCUCCGUCAAUCCCUCGCUGAGCGAGUCAAGCCGGUCGUCAUCAUCAACAAGGUCGACCGUGCUCUUCUUGAGCUUCAGGUCUCCAAGGAGGACCUCUACCAGUCCUUCUGCCGUACCAUCGAGUCGGUCAACGUCAUCGUCUCCACCUACAACGACCCCGUCCUCGGCGACGUCCAGGUCUACCCCGAGCAGGGUACGGUCGCCUUCGGUUCCGGUCUCCACGGCUGGGCGUUCUCCCUCCGUCAAUUCGCCGGUCGGUACGCCAAGAAGUUCGGUGUCGACAAGGGCAAGCUUAUGCCCAAGCUCUGGGGCGACAACUACUUCAACCCCAAGACCAAGAAGUGGGUCAAGUCGGGAGAGGGUGGGCUCGAGCGUGCAUUCAACAUGUUCGUUCUUGACCCCAUCUUCCGGCUGUUUGACUCGAUCAUGAACUUCAAAAAGGAUGAGAUCCCCACUCUCCUUGAGAAGCUCGAGAUCAAGCUCUCUGCCGACGAGAAGGACCUCGAGGGCAAGGUCUUGCUCAAGGUGGUCAUGAAGAAGUUCCUCCCAGCCGGAGACACUCUUCUCGAAAUGAUUGUCAUCAACCUCCCCUCCCCCGUCACCGCUCAGCGGUACCGUGUCGAGACCCUCUACGAGGGUCCCAUGGACGAUGAGUCCGCCAUCGCCAUCCGGGACUGUGACCCCAAGGGUCCCCUCAUGGUCUACAUCUCCAAGAUGGUCCCCACCUCGGACAAGGGUCGGUUCUACGCCUUCGGUCGUGUCUUCUCGGGUACCGUCUCGUCGGGACCCAAGGUCCGUAUCCAGGGCCCCAACUUCGUCCCGGGCAAGAAGGAGGACUCGGUCAUCAAGUCCAUCCAGCGGACUGUCCUCAUGAUGGGUCGUUCCGUCGAGGCCAUCGAGGACUGCCCGGCCGGAAACAUCGUCGGUCUCGUCGGUGUCGACCAGUUCUUGCUCAAGUCUGGUACCCUCACCACCUCGGAGACGGCGCACAACAUGAAGGUCAUGAAGUUCUCGGUCUCCCCGGUCGUCCAGGUCGCCGUCGAGUGCAAAAACGCGGCGGAUCUCCCCAAGCUCGUCGAGGGUCUCAAGCGGUUGUCCAAGUCUGACCCGUGUGUCAAGAUCAUCACUGGUGACAAUGGUGAAAUCAUUGUUGCCGGUGCCGGAGAGCUCCACCUCGAGAUCUGUCUCAACGAUCUCGAGAACGACCACGCCGGUGUCCCCCUCCGGAAAUCGGACCCCGUCGUCGGUUACCGUGAGACCGUCACCGCCGAAUCGUCCAUGAUUGCGCUGUCCAAGUCGCAAAACAAGCACAACCGUCUCUACGUCAAGGCCGAGCCCCUCGGUGACGAGCUUACCGCCGACAUCGAGGCCGGCCGCGUCGCACCCCGUGAUGACCCCAAAAUCCGGGCUCGUUACCUCGCAGACACCUACGGCUGGGACGUUACCGACGCGAGGAAGAUCUGGACAUUCGGUCCCGACACCACCGGUCCCAACGUCUUCCUUGACGGGUCCAAGGGUGUGCAGUACAUGAACGAAAUCAAGGAUUCAUGUGUUGCCGCUUUCCAGUGGGCAACCAAGGAGGGAGCCAUGACCGAGGAGCCUAUGCGUGGUAUCAGGUACAACAUCUUGGACUGCACUCUCCACGCCGACGCUAUCCACCGAGGUGGUGGUCAGAUCAUCCCCACCGCCCGCCGAGUAUGCUACGCCGCUCAGCUCCUCGCCUCGCCCGCUCUCCAGGAGCCCAUGUUCCUCGUCGAGAUCGCCUGCCCCGAUUCCGCCCAGGGCGGUGUCUACUCGUGCCUCAACGUCAGGCGAGGACACGUGUUCUCGUCGGAACAGCGUAUCGGUACCCCCAUGUACACCAUGAAGGCAUAUCUGCCUGUCGCGGAGUCAUUUGGGUUCAACGCGGACCUGCGUGCUGCUACAGGUGGUCAGGCGUUCCCCCAGGCUGUAUUCGACCACUGGGCGUUGCUCGGAAGCGACCCAACUGAAAUUGGGAGCAAAACAAAUGAGCUUGCUGUCAAGAUCCGUACUCGCAAGGGUCUCAAGCCCGAUGUGCCUCUCUGGGACUCUUUCUAUGAUAAGCUCUAA